ACCACCGGAGCGAUAAAGCGAAGGAGAGAGAGAGGGAAGGAAAGCCGAAUCAGCAAGAAAAGAGGAAGGACAUUUGCCGUUUGAGAGAUAAAGAGGAAGAGGAGGGCCCAGUUAACCGGUGUGCGCACAGUGUGUGUCACACAGUGACACACCAUGGACGACUCGCAGGUGGAAAGGUCUGUCGAGCUGAACGAUGGCAGACGCAUGCCACUUUUGGGUUUUGGGACGUGGAAGUCCUCACGUCUGCCCCGCACCUCGUUGCAGGGUGCGGUGGAGGCCGCCAUCGCGGCGGGUUAUCGCCACAUAGACACCGCUCACUUCUACACAAAUGAGGCUGAUAUCGGGAAGGCUCUGCGCUCCAAGAUGCAGCAGGGCGUCAUCCAGCGCCGCGACAUGUUCAUCGUCAGCAAGCUGUGGUGUACCCAUCAUGCCCCUGAGGACAUCCCUGAAUGCCUGAAUAAGUCCCUGAAUGAUAUGCAGCUGGACUACCUGGACCUGUACCUUGUGCAUUUCCCCGUUGGCCUGAAGAAAGUGGGUGACGACCCUUUCCCAAUGAAGGAUGGAAACUUGCUGACCUCUGACAUAGACUAUGUGGAUGUCUGGAGGGGGAUGGAAGCCCUGAAAGCCUCGGGGAAGGUGAAGAGCAUCGGUGUGUCCAACUUCAACCGGCUGCAGCUGGAGAGACUUCUUGCCCUGUGCAGAGUUCCCCCUGCCGUCAACCAGAUUGAGCUUCAUCCCUACCUGGUGCAAACAGAGAUGAUAGAGUUCUGUAAAUCCAAGAACAUCGUCCUGACUGCCUACGGCCCCUUAGGCUCCCCGCAGAGCCCCCCAGAGAUGUCCAGAGGAGACCUCGAUUCAGAUAAGCUCCUGCAGGACCCAGUGGUGGCAGAUAUAGCCAAGAAGCACAGACACAGCCCUGCACAGAUAUUGCUGAGGUACCAUGUGCAGCAGGGUAUUGCAGUCAUCCCAGGGAGUGAAAAUCCUCAUCGCAUCAUGCAGAACACCAAGAUCUUUGACUUCCGUCUGACUGAAGAGGACAUGAGAGCGCUAAGAGGACUGGACCGCGGCUGGAGGGCCUUCGACCUCAAAGGAGUCGAGUCUCAUCCCUACUACCCGUUCGUAUGAGGCCGUCAAGAGAGAGGAGAGAGAACGCCAUGACAACCACCGAGACCAGCUACAGGCAGUCAGUAUUCUUCAGGGCCUUGUUUAAAUAAUCCCCAAUGGGGAAAACUAGUCUUUCAAAAUGUGACCCUCAAUGAAUGUGAUUUAACAAAGUCUAUGAGCU